CAAAAUUCAAUUAAAAAAUGCCUUUGAAAAUAUACUUGAUAUUUUUUUGAACGAUGAGGAAUUUGACAUUAUUUUUAAAAAGAUAAAUGCAAAAAAUGACGAAUUAGUAACAUGGGAUGAAUUUAUUUCUUAUUUACUUUUGGAAAUGAAAUGCAAAGAUGUUGCACGUUAUUGGCAAUCAAUGGAUCCGCCAAUAACUGAUAAUCCAAUAAUAAAAAAAAGUCAUCAUCGAAAUCCAAUUAGUAAAAUAAUUUUUUGUCCCGAAAUUCUUUCUAAUAGAAAUUGGAAUUUUUUACGUGGAUGUUAUUUAACCGUAAGCAAAGAUGGAAACAUAAAUUAUUGGUCUAUUGAUUUAAAAUAUCAACGAAGUGUAAAAUCUUCAAAUCCUCUUAUGAAAUUUCAAACGACAAUGAUAACUGACAUGAUUGUAAUGCCGGAUAUUGGAAUUGUUUGCACAAGUUCAGUUGAAAGAGAUUUGAGAUUUUACGAUACAGUUGGAAAUCGAUUUGAUCUUCGUGUAAUGAUAACUCAUUUUGAUUCAGCAAUAGUGAGGAUGAAUUAUUAUUUUAGUAAAAAUUUACAAGAGGAAUCAAUUAUUAUUUUGGGCGACAUGAAUGGAGGAGUAAAAAUAUUUUCUUUUUCUUCAAUAGAUAAAGGACCUUUUAAACAUUUUACUAAACAAGAUGUUCUUCAAGUUCAAUACAAUGCGAUUGUUGCGGGAGAAGUAGAUAAUUUAAAAAUUAGAGAAUUCAAUAAUAUUCACGGCAAUUGGGUGUCUCAAGUCGCUUAUUAUGAAAGUCUCAAGUCAUUUAUUUCCUGUAGUAAAUGUUCGGAGAACUCAUUGAUAGUUUUAAAUCCAAAUAGUGUCAAUUCAAAUUAUAAAUUCAAUGUACCAAAAGGAAUAAAUUGUUUCUGUUUUUGCGAAGAAAGUCAGAUUUUAGUGACAGGUGGUGUUGAUUUUGUAAUUCGAGUUUGGAAUCCAUUUAUUCCAAAGAAGGAAAAAAUUAUUUUUUACGGUCAUCAAGCUCCAAUUUCGGCUAUUUUUAUUCAAAAUCACGGCAAUUGUAUUUUUUCACUAUCACAGGAUAGAUGUAUUAAAGUUUUUAAUGUUUUUUCUCAAUCUUGCAUGCAGACUUACAACAAUUUGCCGAGAGAAUUGGGAAAUAAUUCUUCAAUUACAGCAAUAUUUAAUCAUAUGACAAAAAAAAUGAUUAUUGCCAAUCAAAUGAUAGUAAUUCUUUCCUGUGGAAAAAUAAUAGAUAAAAAUAUUUCUGACGGUUAUUCUCACACGAAAUCAAUUUCCUGUGUGCUGUAUAAUAAUUUAUUUCAAGUGAUUGUAUCAACAGAUUUAGAUUCUUGUAUAACAGUUUGGAAUCCAUGGCUUGGAAAAAGAGUGUCUUUUAUAUCAAAAGCGCAUGGAAAAUUGAAAAAUGGAGAAAAUAUAAAUGUUGAAAUUACAGCUGCUUGUUUUGAUGAUACAGAACAAUUAUUAGUGACCGGAGCAAGAGAUGGAUCAAUAAAACUGUGGCAAUUUAAUACCGGAAAUUGUAUUCGAGAAAUGAUGUCCGAAGCAAAUAGUGAAAUAACUGGACUCGCGUGGUAUGAGAAGAAAAUUUUCAGCGUCGGUUGGAAUCGUGUAAUCACUGAAUUUACAGAAACUGAACUUGGAAUUUUUAAAAAAUCCUGGGAAAUUAGACACACUGAGGAUAUUACUUGUCUUUCAAUACGAAAUUCUCAAGCAUUGGUGACUGCAUCUUAUAAUGGAGAAAUAAUUCUUUGGCGAUUAGAAACUGGCCAGCCGUACAGAAUUUAUCUCGCUAAUAAUCCAACUGGAAGGCAAAAAAAAUAAUACCUUACGUCUUUCAUUAUUUUUUUUUUAAUUUCUUGUAUUUAAUAAAAAAAAAAAAUUUUUUCCUUUAGUAAAUCAAAAAUUGUCAAAAAAAAAUAUCAAAAAUCCAUUGAAGAAAUUACAAUGAGACCAGUUGGAGUUACUGGUGUUUUAUUUUUAAAUUCAAGAACAAUGGCAACAAAUAUUGGAAGUUUAAUGGUUGCCCUUGAAUCUGGUUUGAUACAAAUUUGGACCCAUCAUCCUGGUGCUGGUUUUUUGGAAGCAUUUUCAGCAAUUCAUAAAUAUGGAGAUUUUGUCACAUCAAUGGCAACUGAUCCAAAAAAUGAAUUUCUUAUAACAGGACAUAAGCAAGGAUAUAUAAAAAUUUGGUUAAUAAAAAAUUACAUGCUACCAAAUCCACCGAAAAUUAAUAUGUGUGAAUUAAGACUUGAAUUUCCAUUUCUUUGGAAGGAUAGAAUUAAUGGAAGGGCAAAAAGAGCUGUUAAAAAUCAACCACUUCCUAUUUUAUUGACAUCAGUUGGAGGACACAAACAAUCGAUUAAUUCUAUUCAAUUAAUACCAGAAGCUCGAAUAAUUAUAAGUGGAUGCUCUGAUCAAACAAUUAAACUUUGGACAUUGAGUGGUCGAUAUAUUUCAACAUUGGGAACUUUUAAACCUUGGACACCAAUUUUACCGAAUAUUCCUGUUCAAAAUUAUUUUACUAAUUAUCAAUUACCACCGGAAGUGAAAAAAUCGGCAAGUUUUACCACCGUGAAGGUUCUUCAAGGUGGUGUGAAAUUAGAGAAAGAAAAAUGGGAAAAAGUUGAAUUAAUGAAAAAACUUACAGAUGAAAAGAACAUGUUUUUGGACCGUCAGUUACAAUCCUUGUCUUUUGAGACAGAUGAUAAAUCAAAUCAAUCCAUUAACAUAAAUGAGAACAUUUUAGAUAAUUCAACAGGAUAUGUAAGUUUAGAAUUAUUUCUUUUUCUGAAACAAAAGGGGAAAAAAAAUAAAAUUAGUCCAAUUUUUAUUUUCUUUCAUUUAAAAGUUUAUUAGAUUUUUCUACUUACUUUUUUGUAGACCAAGUUUCUAUUUAUCUAAAUCU